GAGGGGCCGCUUCGGGCUGAGCGGGCGCCGCGAGCCGCCCGGCGAGCGCAGCCAACAUGUCGGAUACCAAGGUAAAAGUUGCAGUCCGGGUCCGGCCCAUGAACCGACGAGAACUGGAACUGAACACCAAGUGCGUGGUGGAGAUGGAAGGGAAUCAAACGGUCCUGCACCCUCCUCCUUCUAACACCAAACAGGGAGAAAGGAAACCUCCCAAGGUAUUUGCCUUUGAUUAUUGUUUUUGGUCCAUGGAUGAAUCUAACACUGCAAAAUAUGCCGGUCAAGAAGUGGUUUUCAAGUGCCUUGGGGAAGGAAUUCUUGAAAAAGCCUUUCAGGGGUAUAAUGCUUGUAUUUUUGCAUAUGGACAAACAGGUUCAGGAAAAUCCUUCUCCAUGAUGGGCCAUGCUGAGCAGCUAGGCCUUAUUCCAAGGCUCUGCUGUGCUUUAUUUAAAAGGAUCUCUUUGGAGCAAAAUGAGUCACAGACCUUUAAAGUCGAAGUGUCCUAUAUGGAAAUUUAUAAUGAGAAAGUUCGAGAUCUUUUAGACCCAAAAGGGAGCAGACAGUCUCUUAAAGUUCGAGAGCAUAAAGUUUUGGGACCAUAUGUAGAUGGUUUAUCUCAAUUAGCCGUCACUAGUUUUGAGGACAUUGAGUCACUGAUGUCUGAGGGAAAUAAGUCUCGGACAGUAGCUGCAACCAACAUGAAUGAAGAAAGCAGCCGCUCCCAUGCUGUGUUCAACAUCAUAAUCACCCAGACGCUGUAUGACCUUCAGUCUGGGAACUCAGGAGAGAAAGUCAGUAAGGUCAGCCUGGUAGACCUGGCGGGUAGCGAGAGAGUGUCUAAAACAGGAGCCGCGGGAGAGCGACUGAAAGAAGGCAGCAACAUUAACAAGUCACUUACAACCUUGGGGUUGGUUAUAUCAUCACUGGCUGACCAGGCAGCUGGCAAGGGUAAAAACAAAUUUGUGCCUUAUCGAGAUUCAGUCCUCACCUGGCUUCUUAAGGACAAUUUGGGGGGCAACAGCCAGACCUCUAUGAUCGCCACCAUUAGUCCAGCAGCAGACAACUAUGAAGAGACUCUCUCCACAUUAAGAUACGCAGACCGGGCCAAAAGGAUCGUGAACCACGCUGUUGUGAACGAGGACCCCAACGCAAAAGUCAUCCGAGAACUGCGAGAGGAAGUGGAAAAACUGAGAGAGCAGCUCUCGCAGGCUGAGGCCAUGAAGGCCCCUGAACUGAAGGAGAAGCUCGAAGAGUCUGAAAAGCUGAUCAAAGAACUAACAGUGACUUGGGAAGAGAAGUUGAGGAAAACAGAAGAGAUCGCACAGGAGAGGCAACGACAACUUGAAAGCAUGGGGAUUUCCCUGGAGACGUCUGGCAUCAAGGUGGGGGAUGACAAAUGCUACUUAGUCAACCUGAAUGCAGACCCUGCGCUCAACGAACUUCUGGUUUAUUAUUUAAAGGAUCACACCAGGGUGGGUGCAGACACCUCUCAGGAUAUCCAGCUCUUCGGCAUAGGGAUUCAGCCUGAGCACUGUGAGAUUGACAUUGCAUCCGAUGGAGACGUCGCUCUCACUCCAAAGGAAAAUGCAAGGUCUUGUGUAAAUGGCACCCUUGUGUGCAGUACCACCCAGCUGUGGCACGGCGAUAGAAUCCUGUGGGGAAAUAACCACUUUUUUAGAAUUAAUCUACCUAAGAGGAAACGUCGAGAUUGGUUGAAGGACUUUGAAAAGGAAACGGGUCCCCCAGAACAUGAUCUGGACGCAGCCAGCGAGGCUUCCUCUGAACCAGACUAUAACUAUGAAUUUGCACAGAUGGAAGUUAUCAUGAAAACACUGAAUAGUAAUGACCCAGUUCAAAAUGUGGUUCAGGUCCUGGAGAAACAAUACCUAGAAGAAAAGAGAAGCGCCCUGGAGGAGCAGCGGCUCAUGUAUGAGCGGGAGCUAGAACAGCUCCGCCAGCAGCUGUCCCCGGAGAGGCAGCCGCAGAGCAGCGGCCCCGACCGCCUGGCCUACAGCAGCCAGACAGCACAGCAGAAGGUGACCCAGUGGGCAGAGGAGAGGGACGAACUCUUCCGACAAAGCCUGGCAAAGCUGCGAGAGCAGCUCGUGAAAGCUAACACCUUGGUGAGGGAAGCGAACUUCUUAGCUGAAGAAAUGAGCAAACUUACUGAUUACCAAGUGACUCUUCAGAUCCCUGCCACAAACCUCAGUGCCAACAGAAAGAGAGGUGCAAUAGUGAGUGAGCCGGCCAUCCAAGUGAGAAGAAAAGGGAAGAGCACCCAGGUUUGGACCAUUGAGAAGCUGGAGAAUAAAUUAAUCGAUAUGAGAGAUCUUUAUCAAGAAUGGAAGGAGAAAGUUCCUGAGGCAAAGAGACUCUACGGGAAACGGGGUGACCCUUUCUAUGAAGCCCAAGAGAAUCACAACUUAAUUGGGGUGGCGAAUGUGUUCUUGGAAUGCCUCUUCUGUGAUGUGAAACUUCAGUAUGCAGUUCCUAUCAUCAGCCAGCAGGGGGAGGUGGCAGGGCGUCUCCACGUGGAAGUGAUGCGAGUUACAGGAGCUGUUCCCGAGCGCGUGGUGGAGGAUGACUCUUCAGAGAACUCCAGUGAAAGUGGGAGCCUUGAGGUCGUAGACAGCAGCGGGGAAAUCAUUCACCGAGUCAAAAAACUGACAUGCCGGGUAAAAAUUAAAGAGGCUACUGGGCUGCCCCUAAACCUCUCCAAUUUCGUCUUCUGUCAAUAUACAUUCUGGGACCAGUGUGAGUCUACGGUGGCUGCCCCAGUGGUAGACCCAGAGGUGCCUUCACCACAGUCCAAGGAUGCCCAGUACACGGUGACCUUCUCCCACUGUAAGGUACAGACACUGUGUCCCCAGACAAUGACGUCAUUGCUUGUUGGGGUGUGUUUUUACAGGUGGAAUGAGGUGACUCGAAGAAUAGAAAUGUGGAUCUCCAUUUUAGAAUUGAACGAGUUAGGGGAGUAUGCUGCAGUGGAACUCCACCAGGCAAAAGAUGUCAACACGGGAGGCAUCUUCCAACUCAGACAGGGUCAUUCCCGCAGAGUGCAAGUCACCGUAAAACCCGUCCAGCAGUCAGGGACACUGCCGCUGAUGGUGGAAGCCAUCUUGUCAGUAUCCAUCGGCUGCGUAACUGCCAGGUCCACCAAACUCCAAAGAGGGCUGGACAGCUACCAGAGAGAUGAUGAGGAUGGUGAUGAUAUGGAUAGUUAUCAGGAAGAAGACUUAAAUUGCGUAAGAGAGAGGUGGUCAGAUGCACUCAUUAAACGACGAGAAUACUUGGAUGAACAGAUUAAAAAAGUCAAUAAUAAAAAAGAGAAGACCGAGGAUGACGUGGAGCGAGAAGCCCGGCUGGUGGAGCAGUGGGUGGGGCUGACGGAGGAGAGGAACGCGGUGCUUGUGCCGGCCCCAGGCAGUGGGAUCCCCGGGGCCCCUGCUGACUGGAUCCCUCCUCCUGGAAUGGAAACUCACAUACCAGUUCUCUUCCUCGAUUUGAAUGCGGAUGACCUCAGUGCCAAUGAGCAGCUUAUUGGCCCCCAUGCGUCAGGUGUGAACUCCAUCCUGCCCAAGGAGCAUGGCAGCCAGUUUUUCUACCUGCCUAUCAUAAAGCACAGUGACGAUGAGGUUUCCGCCACAGCCUCCUGGGACUCCUCCGUACAUGACUCUGUUCACUUGAAUAGGGUCACGCCACAGAAUGAAAGAAUUUACCUGAUUGUGAAAACCACAGUCCAGCUCAGUCACCCGGCUGCGAUGGAGUUAGUAUUACGAAAACGGAUCGCAGCCAAUAUUUACAACAAACAGAGUUUCACACAGAGUUUGAAGAGGAGAAUAUCAUUGAAAAAUAUAUUUUAUUCCUGUGGUGUAACCUAUGAAAUAGUGUCCAAUAUACCAAAGGCAACUGAGGAGAUAGAAGACCGGGAAACGCUGGCUCUCCUGGCAGCAAGGAGUGAAAAUGAAGGCACUUCGGAUGGGGAGACGUACAUUGAGAAGUACACGCGCGGCGUGCUGCAGGUGGAAAACAUUCUGAGUCUUGAACGGCUCCGGCAGGCCGUCACGGUCAAAGAAGCACUUUCCACCAAAGCCCGUCACAUCCGGAGGAGUCUCAGUACACCAAAUGUCCAUAAUGUCUCUUCCAGUCGAACAGACCUUUCUGGCUUUGAUGAAGAUGAUAAGGGCUGGCCAGAGAACCAGCUAGACAUGUCUGACUACAGCUCCAGUUACCAAGAUGUAGCAUGUUAUGGAACUUUACCCAGAGACUCACCCCGAAGGAGUAAAGAAGGCUGUACGUCAGAGAAUCCUCAUGCCUUAACCAUCAGCCCUUUUAAAGCAUUCUCUCCUCAGCCACCAAAGUUUUUCAAACCCCUAAUGCCUGUAAAAGAGGAGCAUAAGAAGAGGAUAGCCCUUGAAGCAAGGCCUCUCCUAAGCCAGGAGAGCAUGCCUCCACCCCAGGCACAUAACCCUGGCUGCAUUGUACCCUCAGGAAGCAAUGGCAGCAGCAUGCCAGUAGAACACAAUAGCAAACGUGAGAAGAAGAUUGACUCUGAGGAAGAGGAAAAUGAGCUGGAAGUUAUUAACAGGAAGCUAAUAAACUCGCAGCCUUACGUCCCCGUGGAGUUUGCUGAUUUCAGUGUUUACAAUGCCAGCUUGGAGAACAGGGAAUGGUUUAACUCUAAAGUAGAUUUGACAAACUCACGGGUCUUAGAGAAAGAAGUGUCCCGUAGCCCUACCACCAGCAGUAUUACCAGUGGCUACUUUUCCCACAGUGCCUCCAACGCCACGCUGUCUGACAUGGCAGUCCCUUCCAGCGACAGCUCUGAUCAGCUGGCCAUUCAGGCAAAGGACGCAGACUCCACUGAGCACCCUGGACCGUCCCUGGGACAGGAUUUCAGACCAUCCUCAAACAGAGAGCUGACAGAAGUGGAAAGAGGCUUGGUAAAGGACAAGAUAAUCAUGGUGCCAUUCAAAGAAAACAGUGCCUUAGCUAAAGGGAGCACAUCAUCCCAGAGCAUUCCUGAGAACAACUCCAAAAUCCUGUGCAGGACUGGCUCAUGUUCAGAACUAAACGCCUGCCCCAGCAAAAGUGGCCAGCCGGCCAGAGAAUUCUGCCCUGGGGAGGUGACGGUAGAACACACCACUAACAUCCUUGAGGACCAUUCUUUCACAGAGUUCAUGGGGGUGUCUGAUGGAAAAGAUUUUGAUGGUUUGACAGAUUCUGCUGGAGAGCUUUCAAGUAGGAAGAACGUACCGAAUAAAAUGGACAGCAAGACUGUCUCUGAUGGGCCCCAGGACCCUGGCCAGCUGCAUUACAAGUUAGAGGAUGACAAGGGAGGCAUGACCCCACGGUGAAGGGCAGCAAGCACUUCCUCCUCAGGCCACCAUGUGAAAGCACCAGCCCAUCUUUAAAACAUGCUGCCGCCCAGCUGAACCUCAGACCAGAAGCUGGAGAAGCCAAGCCAUGCACUUCCUGGGCCACCUCCUUUCCCUUCCCCAGCAGGAGAAGCGGCACUUUGUCACUUGGCUGAAUCAGCAACCUUUGCUUUUUUCAUAAAGCAAGAGAACUGUAAAUCCUGGAUUAACUAAGUGGCAGUAUUUUCAUUUGCACUUAAUUACUACACACCUCCACUGUGUAGAAACCUCUACAGAUUCAGACAGACUUUAUUCUUGUACAAUUUUAAUCAAUUCUUACUGUAGAAUCUGGAGUCAAUGCUCCAAUUUGUCUUUUUAUAAAUAAUAUAUAUUAUGUAUAUGAAAUGUGUAUAGUAUGUCUGUUCAGAGACAGACAUGGCUGCACACUAAAAUGUAGAUAAUGGUGAUUUGUAGAAAA